AUGGGGCCCGAAGAAGAGCUGCAGCCCGGCGAUGGCUACGGAGGCAAUGGGGUGCAUUUUUUCCCCCCAAGUGCGGACUCAAGUUUGAUAUUUCUGCACGGGAGAGGGGAUAGCGGGGAGGGCUGGGGGGUGCUGGCUGGCUUGUUGAACAGCAGAGAGGCCCUGCGGGGCCGCGUGCGCCUCAUUUUGCCAACAGCGGACAGAAUUCAUAUAACAAAGUAUGACAUAGAGUGUAACGCCUGGUUUGAUUCGCGUUCGGAGCGCCGCGACACAGACGAAGACGCGGAGGGCUUCGAGCGCAGCCACCGCCGCGUUCAACAUUUAAUUCAACAAGAAAUACAAAACGGAAUUAAACCUUCACGGAUUAUUGUGGCGGGAUUCAGCCAGGGAGGCGCAAUGGCCUACUACACACCCUUGCGCUCGGAGACCCCUCUGGCCGCAGCCAUUUGCCUCAGCGGCUGGUGCCCGUUUCUGCACGAUUUAGUCGUGCAAAAGGCGUUUGCCAGCGGCAACUGUCAGUUCAUGCACAUGCACGGCGUGGUAGACACAGUAGUUGACUACAGCUUCGCACGGCAGUCGUAUGAAGCCGCUGUGGAAGCAACGAAGAAAGCAGCAGCAGCUGCUGCUGCUGAUCCCGCAACAGUGGCGAGUAGAUUCGAAUUUAAAACCUAUGAAAGACUUGGCCACGAGUCAAACGCCAAGGAAAUGGCAGACUUUCUGCAUUUCAUUGAGCGCUGCCUCGCAAAAAACACCUGA